GCAGCGAGUAGGACCCACCGGGUCGUACGCCUGCCUGCCUGCCUGCCUGCCCGCGCGCGAUCAUGGCUGCUCCGGUGGGGCGGCAGAGCCUCUCGCCCGCGGCUCCCAGCUAAUCCCCCCAGGGCGCGAUGGAGCCCGGCGGCCCCGAAGAGCCCCCGCGUCUCCUGCAGUUACUGCGGAAACUCAAGGAGGUCUUUGAUGUAUGUGACGAAGACGCUGACGGCUUCAUCCGGGUGGAACACUUCGUGGCCCUCGGGCUGCAGUUCGGCCAGGGGGAUGAGGUGGAAAAAUUUGCCAAAUACUUGGAUCCAAAUGAUCUGGGCAAGAUCAGCUUCAAAGAUUUCUGUCAUGGAGUAUUUGCCAUCAAAGGCUGUGAAGAGUUACUGAAAGAUGCUUUAUCGGUUGAAAGUCUUGGGCUUCGGCACUACGAGACUGAAUAUGUGGAUUACUACUAUCAGGGCACUGAAACACCAGAGAGUAGCUACGGGGACCGUGAAAGUGCCUUCAGCGAAUCAGAUCUCUUUCCAGAUGAAGACACCAUGACCUUGGCCCAGCAGGAAGUCCACCAUGAGUCUGAUAUGGACAGUGCCAUUGAAAGUAACCACAGUCCAGAAGCAUCAGUUGUGUGCAAGGUUGAGAAGGAUGGUGUGUUGAAUGGCCUCUUCCUGCCUGGAGAUAAAUCAAAUCUGCUGAACCCUGCAUCUUCUGAUCUUUCCACCUAUUCCACUGCCUCUCUGAUCAGUAAUGAAGAACAAUUUGAAGAUUAUGGAGAAGGAGAUGAUGUAGACUUCACCCCCAGCAGUCCUUGUCUUGAUGAUGAAAGCAGGACACAUGCCUAUUCUGACCUUGGCUCAUCCGUUUCUUCCAGUGCUGGUCAGACCCCACGGAAAAUGAGGCAUAUCUAUAACAGUGAGCUCUUAGAUGUCUACUGCACCCAGUGCUGCAAGAAAAUCAACCUCCUUAAUGAUCUGGAAGCCAGACUGAAAAACCUAAAAGCCAACAGCCCAAACAGAAAGAUCUCUAGUACAGCUUUUGGCAGGCAGCUUUUCCACAACAGCAACUUCAGCAGUAGUAAUGGCAGCACAGAGGACUUAUUCAGAGACAGCAUAGAUUCGUGUGACAAUGAUAUCACCGAAAAGGUGACGUACUUAGAAAAAAAAGUGACAGAGCUGGAAAAUGAUACCGUAACAAAUGGGGACCUGAAGAGCAAAUUGAAGCAGGAGAAUACACAACUAGUUCACAGAGUGCAUGAGUUAGAAGAACUGCUGAAAGACCAGGAGACUUCAGCUCAGCAGACCCUAGAAGAAGAGAUCAAGAGGCACAGAGAAGCCUACAGCAAAUAUGAGAAGGAGAAGAGCACGGAGAUUGAGCUGCUAAACACACGGGUUCAGCAACUGGAAGAAGAAAACUGUGAGCUCAAAACCACUGUCCUACGACUGAAAUCACAAACUGAGAAACUGGAUGAGGAGAGGCAGCGAAUGUCUGACAGAUUAGAAGAUACCAGUCUGAGGCUGAAGGAUGAAAUGGAUUUGUAUAAAAGGAUGAUGGAUAAACUGAGGCAGAACAGGCUGGAAUUUAACAAGGAGAGAGAAGCCACUCAGGAGCUCAUUGAAGAUCUGAGAAAGGAGCUGGAACACCUUCAGUUGUAUAAGCUUGACUGUGAGCGUCCCGGUCGAGGAAGAAGCUCUUCCAGCUUGAGUGAAUUCAACGCUAAGACGAGAGAAGUGGAAAUGGAACAUGAAGUUAAACGUCUAAAACAGGAGAAUCAAAAACUCCACGACCAGAACGAUGACCUCAAUGGGCAAAUCCUUAGCCUCAGCCUUUAUGAAGCUAAGAACCUUUUCGCCACGCAGACAAAAGCCCAGUCACUGGCAGCUGAGAUUGACUCUGCCUCCAGGGAUGAGCUCAUGGAAGCCCUCAAAGAACAGGAGGAGAUCAACUACAGAUUGCGCCAAUAUAUGGACAAGAUCAUCCUGGCCAUCUUAGACCACAAUCCGUCCAUCCUGGAAAUAAAAAAUUGAAGAUUGGGGCGGGAAGGGAGGUGGGCAGAUAGGAUGCCUUUAGAUUCAAGUAUCUCUAUUUGCUAUGUAUAUGAACUUAUAAAUAUAUACAUAUAUAUAACUCUCUCAAUACACAUGACGUACAAAACACACACACACACACACACGUAUAUAUAUUAUAUACAUAUAUAUAUAUAUAUAAAUAGAAAAACAACUUGUGUGGAUACACAGGGCGUGUUUAUAUGAGCUUAGUAUAUUUUGUGUCUCAUAAUUUGCAUCGAUCCAUUUUCCAUGCCCUUUCUCUGUGGGGAUGCUAGGGAUUACAACUGAAAAAUCACAAAACUGGAUUUUGCACUGUUUUAGAUACGGGACAGGAAAAACAAAUGAUACUACCUCUAGAUGAAAAGAUAAAACACGAUGGAAACUAACUUGUGCGAGGCCUUUUCCUAGCCUACAAACAAUACUGAGUGUUAAUGUCUUACAAAUUGCCUCCCUGUCAUCAUCUCGGAAAUAUCUUGUAUUAUCAGGUUGAAUUCUCACUGGUGCUGCUGGCUGUGUUGUUUUAACUUUGCCCGAGUUAUGCUUCUGAAAUCCUCUCCUUGGAUCGGGAUGUAUGUAGGAUGCAAAAGUGGGUAUUCCAGAAAACUUGCAGGUUUCUGCUUGAACCUGGGCUGUUUUAAUCGGAAAGAAAUUUCUACAUCUCGAACCCAAUUGGCUAUGAAUCCUUUGGGAUGGGUGACCAGUCUGUUGUAUUCCAGGGGAAUCUGGGGUACCCAAGAAAACAGUGGGUCCUGGGGUUCCAUAUUUUCUUGAACUUAUCAGACUGUUCCUGAGGUGCUUUUUCUGGUUUUGGGUUUUAUCGCAAGAUCAUCAAGGACCCUAGUGGUGGGAGAUUGGGAGUCGUAAAUGUUGGGUGCGUCAGGGCUACAAAACAGUCCCAGCCCUGUUUCAGCUUCGGCAACAGCAUUAAAAAGUGGUAGUUGCAGAGGGCUAUUUGGCUCCACACAAAGGGUGAGAACUUUGAGAACUCGGGGCUGCCACCAUAACAAAUAGAAACCAAUUGUUUUUAAAUCACUCUGUUUUAUAUUGCUUUUAGGCACUCGUGGGUGACAUUGACCCUGUUCUUAGAGACAAGGCAGCAUUUUAAAUGGUUUUUUUUAACAGGUUUAGGAAAAAGUUGUUUGUUUAUACACGCUAAUAUUUAUUUGAUGCAAUUCUGGAGUUUCACUGAAAAGUUUUGCCUACUUCACUGGGGGUGAUUAGCGCAGAAAAGCCAAA